CUUUCCUGGCCAAAAUGUCCUCCGGCCGCAUUUUCAACAAAUUCAAGAAUGGCAUAUCGCCGCCUUCGUUCAUUCGUGGGUUUGCAUGGUACUCGUUCGUGAUUGUGAGCUGGGUACCGGCCGCAAUCUUCUUUAAAAACAAUAUCGGAGCGGUAGGAGAAGUCGGCGGAGAGUCGAUGUACCCGUACUUGAACCCGACUUUCAACGAAGGAUUCUCCAAAGACCUGUGCUGGAUUAGUAAAAGGAAUCCUGCCAAGAACCUGCAGAGGGGGAUGAUUGUGACAUUUUGGAGCCCAUCCCACCCAGAGGUCCUCAGCAUAAAACGGGUUAUCGCGUUACCAGGCGACAAAGUCAUCACUAAAGCGCCAUAUCCAUAUCCAACCGCUGUUAUUCCUGUUAAUCAUGUUUGGGUCGAGGGUGACAACAAAGAUGGAAGGAAGACCCUGGACAGCAAUCAUUACGGACCCAUAUCGAUGAAUCUCAUUACGGGGAGGGUUACACAUGUCCUUCGUCCUUGGAGAGGCCCAGUACGUUGGUGGGAGUUCGAAGACAGUAGGAGGGUCAUUAAAGGUCGUAUACAGGAUGCACCGCACUUCGAUUGAAGGGUUUAUGGGUAAUUGGGUACCGGGUCACCCGAAUCGUAACGUGCUUCAGGACAUACAGGGUCCAUAGGGUCAAAGGUCAAAAUCCGCCCCCAAUACAUCGAUGGUCAGAAGGAGUGUGGAAAAGUCAGCAGAGGUCGCGGGGGCGGUCCAUACACGGCUGAGGAGGGUGGUAAUAUCAUAAUGCUUCUGGAGCGUUGGAAGAAGCGCU